CAAAUGAAGGUUAUUCGUGAUGCUUAUCAGAGUACUUAUCACACACAGCUCGAAAAAGAUGUCGUCGCUAAAGUGGACGGUAUAUUUGGUAAAAUGUUACAAUUAUUACUGUGCGAAGCAAGAGAUGAACGCAGGCAUAAAGUUGAUAUGAAAUUGGUUGAUGAACAUGUCGACCUUAUUUUGGCGGCUCCGAAUGGAAUCGAAGAAUUGAGUCGUGACCUGUCGUUAUUUCGACAAAUCUUUAUCGGGACCAGUUGGAAGCAUAUCGCAGCGAUUGCAGAUCGAAUUGAUAUGAGACUUGGAGGUGGAAAGGAUUUGGAAAGGACGAUACGAAUGAAUAAAACGAUGCAUUUGGAUAUCAGACACAUGCUAGAGGAUAUCCUGAAAUUUUCACGUAAUACACAACUAGUUUUUGCUGAAAAACUUCACGAUGCAGUGUCAGGUGGUCGACCAGACCAUAACACCUUAACACGCGUGAUUGUGAGUCGAAGCGAGGUGAGCUUAAUCAAUACGUUCGUUUUAUCGUUCAUCUGA